AUGAAAGGUCGGCGCGUCGUCGUUUUGCCGUUUCGAGUUCUUCCCACCCAAUGCUGGAAAUGUCUUUUGCUGUGCCUGGUGGCAUUCGAACAUUUCUCUAUGGCUACGCAAGAUGGAAUAUCGUUUUAUUUUUGCUGGAGAAAGUACGCCAGGCGUGUGACUCUAGAGUUCAUCGCAUUCGCUGACAUCGAGAAUAUCCACUUCUUUGAAGAUGUCUACAAGCAAGCCGUUUAA